GCCAGCCCCGACCAGCUGCCGGCAUUUUAUGGAAGGUCAACUGAGAACUUAAACCUUCGUGUUCAGAGGUAGUUCAGGUAUAUUAACUUUUGUCUCCGUGCACUGUGUCGACAGUGAUGUUGUGGCUUGUUGACCAUUAAACAUUCUGCUUUUCAAAUACAAGGAUAGUCAUCUUUGGUGCGCGGAUUUACUUUAUAAAAAUUUAUCGAAAGUCAACAGUUAUGAAGAUCGUGUAUUUCCUGACCACUCUUGUGUGUGGGUGUUUAAUAUGGAUUCUAGUACUGAACUCUUUCAACCAGAAAUCUUUGAACGAACCCAAACCUGACACAGUUGUAAGAUUUACGCCUUCCUCGAGUUAUCCCUGUAUAAACAUGAGCAUUCAGAAUGAUGUCUCUCUCCGUUAUUUCCAACCCCAGCCUUUUGUUUUGAACCUGGAGCUGCCAGUGUGGCAGAGAUUCCAGAAGAGCCAAGGUGUCCUCGGGUACACGGUCCCCCUCGAUAGGUCCCAACGAGGGGCAGAGACCAACAAGACGUAUGAAGAAGUUCAGACAUCUGACCACUGGCCAAAACUGUCUAAGAAUUUCUACAAGAACCCGAUUCCAGAGAGUCCCUUUCAUCCAGAUCACACCAUUCGGUGGGAGUUUGAUGCCAGUGAGCUACUCAAGAGAGAUGAUGUCGUGAAUAAGCCACCGAAAAUCAUCACCUGGAUGAAAAAGCCCCGCCAUAUUCCAGAUCUUCCGGAACCUGUGCGCCUGCGCGUGUGUCCGGAAAUGCCUUGUCGUCUGACUUCUAACACAUCAUUUCAAGGGCAGAGCCAAGCUCUCGUGUGGGCUGGAGAACUGAUGACAGAAAGAGAACCACCAAAAAGAUCGCAUCCAGAUCAGGUUUUUGUGUUUCACGACCUUGAACCCCCGAGGUCCAGCUGGGUGUGUUCUUCCACAUUCCGCCUGGACCCCUGGAAGUCGGCCUUUAACUGGACCAUGCAUUACAGGUUUGACGCCGACAUUCUCAGUCUCCAUGGCCUGGUGGUCAAGCGAAGACGUCCAGUCAAGCGGAACUACACGGACAUCCUGGCCAAGAAGACCAAGUUCGCUGCCUGGGCUGUCAGCAGUGUUAUAGAUCAAAGCAGACGGAAAGAGUUCGCCGCCAUGCUGCAGAAGUACAUCCCCAUCGACAUCUUCGGGGAAAGUUCUGCACACAGAUGUCCUCGAGACCAAGACGACGCCUGUUUUCAGACAUUCAGCAGGGACUACAAGUUCUACCUGGGUUUUGAAAGCUCUUUGUGUAAGGACUACAUAUCCGAGAAAUUCUUCCGCUAUCUGAACUUAGACACGGUGCUGGUUGCACGAGGCAGUAACGAAUACAACUUCCACGCUCCUCAAAACAUCUUCAUCAACACGGCGGACUUUGCAACAGUCAAAGACCUCGCCGACUACCUUCUGCACCUCGACAAACACCCCGAAGAGUACCUUGAGAUUCUGAAGGCCAAGGACGAGUACGAGGUUCUGUUCGAGGACUACCCGUUGCGUUAUGGUGACGGGCAAGUGUUCUUCAUGCAUUACCAGUACGAGGCCACAGCUUUCUGUGAGAUGUGUCGCCGCCUGUGGAACCUGGACUCCUACAGACAGACCAUUCCGGACAUACGGAAGUGGGUUGAGAAAGAGCUGUGUUAUGAGGCUACAGACUUACGCUAACAAUGUGUAGAAUUUUGUAAAAAAUUUUGUAACUUUUUAAAAAAUCAUCUUCCUGUCUCAUUGCCCAUCGCUAUUUUUGUCUUAAAAAUCAUUUCAUAAGAAAUUGUUUGAUGAGACAGACACAAUUGUGUGUGUUAGCUUUGAUAGCUGCACUUGUUUCACAAAGAAAGAGAAAAUCUAGAUAUUUAAGUCAAUUAUUGUUUACAUACAUAUAUAUACACAUAAAUUUAUUUAUGUGUUUUUGUUAAAGAUGAGGUGAUAAACUGCAUUGUCUAUAGAUUAAAUGUUGGAGCACCAUUCUCUAACCAGUUAGUUUACACGUAGUCAAGGCAAGGAGAACACAUUCACACUUCCAUUGACAUUCUUGUUAUAAAAGACAAACGAUUGCUGGCAGUCAAGACUGGUACAAUCUACUUUUGAAGGUUACUGACAGAGACCAGGCCCCUGAGCCUAAGCAAAGAUUACAAUAAUUUAUUGUUCGUGGACAUUAGGAUAUAGUCUCCCAAAUAAACAAUUGAGUAAAUAAAGUAGGCCUGAUUGUUUGGACUUUGGCCACAUAAAGUUACCGAUGGCAUCAUGAGUGUUCUCCAACAUACAUAAGCUAAUAACAACACAUCCAAGAUAUCCCUAGCCUCAGGCAAGAGUAAACUGAAAUGAGUUGAACGUCAAGGUGUGGUAGCCUCGAGGCAGGGGAAUAUAAGGACUAUGUCGAGUCCCCUGUGGAGGUACAGCAAGUGUCUGGCAGGGAACCGUGGUACGAUUGCUGGAAGGGAACCGUGGUAUGAUUGCUGGAGCCGCUGAUGCCGUACCACAUCGUCUCUUGACGUCACGCAUCAACGGACUAGGUCCCCCACUGCUCUGUCCUGUCAGGGUGGACGAUGAGACCGACGGACCAGGAAAGGCUCGUGAGGAAGACAGCAUCACACAGACACAUUGCAGAAAGCGGGACCUAGUAUGUCGGGCAACAAUGAGCAGCCAUCGCCUCCUUCCCUGCCCAGUCCAGACAUGUAAUCACGUGAUGCAAUCAGCAUUUGUACCGCACGGUGGACUUUGGGUACAAAAAGUAGUUCCGUAGUAAAAAGUAGUAAGUCCUAAUUUUCCUAGAAUUACCUCUACAUUUGUAAUAAUAUGAAUACAGUAACUACUUUCAUAGAGGUAACAAAUGUAAUAGGAAUAUUUAUUUGAAAGAAUAAAAUGUUUACUAAAAGCAGUCUCAUGGGUGGACAAGCAUGAACAGUCCCAAAAGCGAAUCCACGUUCAGUUGCCAAAAAGAAGUGCAAAACUUUUUAUAUAAAUACAUGUCUCACUUGCGUUCGUUGUGUGGCAGGUGAACACAAAAAGUGCCAUUACCUGUUGGCUGCUAUUCACCCUUUCGCUGCUGACACCUUUCAUGUUUCCUACCUUCACCUUCUUGCACCUCCUCUACACUGUGAUAUUAGUCCUGUGAAACCGGUGAUACUAUUGCAUUGUUUGUUAUAUGUUAUAUCUAUUCUUAGAAUGGUUUAUCCUACACUAUGGUAAAUUUUAAAAGAUAUUUACAAAUCCAAGUAAUUAGAGUUGCCAUUUUUAAUCCAAUAAAUAAACUUUUUUUCCC